AUGGUAAGUGAUGCGCCGCUGUUCUCGGAAAUGCAAGUGUAGUGCGCAGUCCAGCUAUUCGUGGCUCUAACUUCGAAGCAUUCACUCGCAUUGCAUGGGUGCAAAGGCAAGGCGGUGGUGACGACAUGCAGUCACAUCUUCUGCCUCAAGUGUGCCAACGAUCUCUUCACCAGUGCAAGGGCCUGCCCAGCUUGCGACACGCAGCUUACGGAACCGGACGAUGUGGUUGUAUCGAGCUUGCAGCCUAGUGCAGACUACAGAACGGUGAAGCUGUGAUGACUCGCAGGAGUAUGUCGCGAGGGCGCUGACAUGGAUUCGGACGUUCGGCAGAGCGUCCUGGCAGGCCUCUCCCCUCAGAUCAUCAUGUAAGCCGCGGAGAUAGAAUAGCCAGCCGGGAGAACGUGUGCGUGCGCAUUGCUGAAGAUCUUGUCCCUCGCUUUCCUCACUCAAGGGACAUCUGUACCCGAGCAAUGAGGUACGCCUGUAUUUUCUCGCUUUUUGCGCCCUGUAAUCGGUCUUCAUAACUGAGAUAGCGGUGACAUCUUUCUGAUCAGCUUCUAUCAGGUGAUUCACGUUCACCCUUCUCCACGUUGGACUGGCGCAAGCCCUACUCAGCCUGCUCGCACGCUCUGCUCACCUCUUGGCUUCCGACAGUACCAGACAUCGCAGGAGGUCAGUCGACCAAGCAAUCCGACCCAAGGAGGUCUUCAUUAAGCUAAUGUGCUGGUCUUCCAGGGAGCCUUCCAAGCCUUACUCCUCAAGAAUGUCCAAGAGGUACGAGUGAAAGCAUUUUCAAAGUCGGCUGUGGUAACUUGACGCCUCUCAGCCUCCACAGCGCAACGGGGUGCUAGAGAAGCGCAUACAAACGUGAGUGGCGAUGCGCCCUUGGUCUGCAUAGCUUACUGACAGCUAUGGGCAUCACUUCGGCAGCGUCAUCUCCGAGGGUGCGACCGAGGGCGGGCUCUGUCAAGCUCGUUUAAGACUGGAGGACUGAUUGAUCAGCACCGCAUCGUCGUAGCAAAUGCCGAAGUAGCCUUGCUUUCCGAUCGACUCUCUCGUAAGCACAGAAUGGCGCAAGUCUAGAGUCAGUGUCGGACUUUCUGAGCGUAGAGACAUGUCUUUGCUGCUUCUUCCAGGCAUGGACGCUGGUGAGUCGAGAUGAGAUGCAGGGAAGCUGCACCAUCUCCGUCGUCACCGACGAAAUCGAUUGCCCCCAUCCAGACCUCAGUACGGAAAAACGCAAGACACGGGAGCUCAGCGACUCGCUGCGCACCUCGGCUAAAGACUUUGCACGUCUUAAAGUAGGUAGCGAGCGGACUGCUGGUAGUCGCAAGCAAAGGACUCAAAUUGGUCGCGUCCCUAGAGCCAGCACGAUGCACAACUUCGUCAAGGGCUGCGGCCCGGUCACAGCCAAGCUGCGAAGCUUCAGGAAGCUGCUGCCGCCGCCGCUGCGGCGAAUACUGCUUCAGCCACUACGACAGGCACCAGCAGCAAUCAGUCGCACAGCCAUACUCCGUUCUACGCUGGGCAAGUUGGGGUGAAUCUCGCGUGCAAGUGGGUGCGCUUUUUGACUGGGAAUUGAAAGCUUUGCGCACCCUUUCAAACCAUAGCAGGAGAGCCCAAAGCGCAUGUCGCCCAGACAGGCAGUACCCUUUUGGCAAUCGCAAGUAGCGGCAGCUUCGGUGGAAGCAAGAGGCCUACAGGCAGAUGGGCCUCGUCGAUCGAACGAGCGCCAAGACGCUGCCCAGGCCGUAUCUCGACGCAGCAUCCAGCUGUCAGCAGCGAUGCACGGUGAAACGCUCCCGUCGGUCGCAGGAGCUCGCAACCCGACCCCAAAUUCAGCAGGCGCGCUCCACCAUUCCCGUUUUCAAGGCAACACGUCUAGCACGUCGACUCCGCAACGUGUGCGUCGGAUGCUCUUGAGCAUGUGGAAACAGGUCGCAGCGGCGCGCAUGUGAUGUGCUGCUGAUCGCCUUCAUCCUUGUCCAAAUAGCACACCAAGAUGACGAAGCAAGCUUCGGCCGUCAGGCCCAUGCCGCUACCUCACGCACGUCGCCCUCAGCUUCGCGAUGAAACGACGACCUCGGGCCGCGAUCAUGACAGUCAGUGUGGCUUAGAAAUUCUCCAUUGUGGCUCGAUGCCGUCGCUGACACCUCGGAGCGUUGACUACCACAGAUCCUUUCCGCUUCUCAGCCGUCUGA